AAAUACCCGCACGCAAAACGUCCCAAUAACACGAAAAUGGAACUACGAUCUACUCCUAUUCAGUGCCCGUUGUGCCUUAACCCUCACUUUGAGGGUGUGGACGCCCUUAGAGCCACGCUUGUGGCUGUCGCGACAUCCCUGCUCAAGUGCCCCGUGUGUGUUGAGACUGUCGUCGGAUUGGAUAAGUUGACCAUACACUUGUUUGCACACGUGGCCAGCGAGGAACAAGGGAAUAAGAAAGAUGCAGUUGUCGAUGGUGUGCCAGUUCCCAAUGACAGUCAACAAAUCAUUGCCGAAGAGAUCGACAAGAGCAUUGAUAGAAUACAAAGCGCAGAACUCACGUCAAUCCCCAGUUGUAAUACUGAAGACGACUUGCAACAGAAGCCUGAAGACUUGGAAGUUGUCAGAUGUGACAUUUGCAAUUUUUGUUUCACGGAUAAAAAUAUCCUGGAUAUGCAUCAAAAGCUGCUGCAUCAGACUAGUCCAGAUAAAAAGGGCGUUUAUAGCUAUCACUGCCAUCUAUGUAGCAAGAAGUUUAAGAUGAGGGGUAGUUUAAUGGUUCAUCUCAGGGUCGCACACUAUGGUUUUUGGUCCAAUAACGCGGAUAGCACCGAAAGCAUUGCUGGGCCUGUAGAAUCAAAAAAGUCUGAAGACAAAAAUGGGACUAUAGAGGAAAGUAAAAAUGCUGAAACUACGACAAAAGUAUUAGAUAAUAAACAGUGGGAAUGUGAUGUUUGCUCAAAGAUGUUCACAACAAAGUAUUUUUUGAAAAAACACAAAAGACUACAUACAGGUAACUUUGUCAUUGAACACAAUAAUCUAUUUUUAGGAAAUGCUUUAUAAAGGAGAUUGAGCCUUGAGGUACCCCUAUCAAUAGAAAUAAAUAAUUUACUGUUAGAGGGCUAUUUUCAAAUGAAAGCUGAACAGUAUAAAUUCUUUGUCUAGAGUUAUUAUUGAAUUGUAACCUGAUAGAAAAGACUAGGCUUCUAACAUUGUGUAACUUCUCACAUAGUUAACGCAUGAUACUAUCGUCUAUUUUCACCAUCUACGCAUUGGAUUAUCAGUAUUUUUAAGGUUUUGUUUUGCUAAUCUGGCUAUGAAAAGCAAAUCAAUACUAAACUUAGAAAGGAUGCAAUAUUCUCUUGAUAUUAUGUAAAACAGUCCCUUUAAAAGCAUAGUCUGUUAUAGAUAAGCUCUUCCCUUGAGGAAUAAAAUGUGGUAUAUACAGAGUCAAUCUACAUGACUGCUAUUGACGAUAUUCGUAUUUUCAGGUGAAAUGCCAUACACCUGUAACCUGUGCAACAAAUCUUUCACUUUCCAACAAUCAUACCACAAACACAUGCUGUAUCAUUCAUCCGAGAAACCAUACUCGUGCAACGAAUGUGGACGAUCCUUCAAAGAACUGUCCACGUUGCAAAACCAUGCUAGAAUACAUUCCGGGGAGAGGCCAUUCAGUUGUGAAACUUGCGGAAAGUGCUUCAGACAACGUGUCUCCUACUUAGUCCAUCGCAGAAUCCACACUGGCGACAUGCCUUACAAAUGUACGGCGUGCGAGAAACGUUUCAGAUACAAAGUGAGCCAGAGAUCGCAUAAAUGUACAGCGAGUCCACCGGGUUUGGUCGUACGAGUUUCGGAAGAGGCCAAAGAUGACCACAUUCAUAGGCGAUCGAUCACGUUGAAUAACAACGAACAGAUUGAGAUCAGUUUUAGCGAGGUGGAUCUGCAGUUGGCUAUGGAGGCUACCAAGCUUGAUCUACCGGAAAAAUCCGGAACUACAGACGGUGAAGGUGAUACAAGAUGUUCUAGUCAAAGCGGGAAUCUAGAAUCUACGAUAAAAUAUGAAGAGUCAACACCUUUACUCACAGAAUCAGUUAGUCUAUGCGUUAAUGGUUUUACCAACAACUGGAAGCAUUGAUGAGGGUGUUGCAUAGUAUAAUAAUAAAAUGAUGAGAAAAAUACCUAAUUAUUUGAUCAUGGUUAAAGGGAACAGUUUUAGUUGCUUAUUUUAUUCAUCGAAUCAUGUAGAUGGUAGUAGUAAAAAACGGGACAGAGGGAGGUAGAAAGCAUUGUAUAGAUGACGUAACAGGACACUAGAUUGUCACUGAUGUAAAGCGAUAUGAGCAUUGUUUCAAAAGAAACUGGGGAAUAAGAAAAAUGUGUCAAAAUCCGUAGAACGUUUUAUUGGUGAAAUGUCAAACUACCAAAAUUUAGAAUAAUAUAAAAUUAUGAAAUGACAAUGUAGCUUAUACCGAGUUUCAAAAUGAAAACACCAUUAGAUGAAAAUAUGUACAUAUGCUAAAUUUGUCUGAAGAUCACUGGCUUUCAUUUCUCCUCCUUCUCUAAAUUCUUAGAAUCUGCAAAGAAAAUUACAUAUCAGAAUCAAAAUAUACAAAAGUUUUGCUAAAAUUAUAGAAGUUAUUUCAUCAUAUGGCAGAUUAAAUCACAUAUUCCUUCACCUUGGAAGAUUCAGGUCACAAAAUAAGAAAUUCAGUCUGUCUCCACUACAAAUACCAAACAAAAUCUAACGACAUGUUGAUUUUACUAUUUUCCUGCACAUUUCCGACGAUCCAUGACACCUUCUGUUUCCUUGGCUUUCCUCUGACUCAACCUAGUUUUCCAAAAAGCGAACGGGGAAAUUCUUUUCAACUUACCCUUUCUGUCAUCGUGUCCUUCUUCAGCUUGUUUUGGGCCUUCAGGAGGAUAGUUCUGCCCUUCCUGGCCGCUUUCAGGAGGGCCUUGUGGCAGACCUUGAGGUGGACCCUGUUGUUGCUGCUGCGGAGGCGGUUGUUGCGGCUGAUGAUGUAGUUGGUGGGGCUGUUGCUGAGCCGGAUUCAUCGGAGGAUAACCUGCUACAGGUCUACCAGGACCUAAUAUUCAACAGAACAUAAAUAUACAGUACCCGACAAAAGUUUGGAAGCAAAUAUGAAC